AGAUAAGAAUAGCUUGAAAGAAAGUGAGCUCUGUUUUGCCAGUAAUGUCCUUGAAAUCGAUUUGCUUCUCUCUUUGCCUCCCUACCCCUUCUUCUCGUAACACCGCUCCAAUCUCUUCCUUCCCGUUCAAAAAUCCACACCACUUCCCCGUCUCCAAUUCCAGCUCUUGUUCUUCCAGGACUCUCCUGCAUUUUUCGAACAAGUUCGACUCCAAAGUGUUGUGUGAGGAUGACGAUGUGGAUAUAGUUGUAGAUGAAGAUAUAGAGAUAGAGAUAGAGAUAGAGAAGACGGGGCGGAACUGCCGGAGAAUCCGAUCGGAAAUCGGGAUUGAGGCGCCGCUCGCCACCGUCUGGAAUUUGUUGACGGAUUACGAGAGGCUGGCCGAUUUCAUUCCCGGACUGGCCGUCUGCCAGCUGCUCCACAAGUCGGAAAACUACGCUCGGCUGUUUCAGAUUGGGGAACAGGACUUGGCGUUCGGGGUGAAAUUCAACGCGAAAGGGGUGGUGGAUUGCUAUGAGAAUGCUUUGGAGAGGAUUGAGAAUGAUUUGGGGGGUGUGACUCUGAAGCGUGAGAUUGAGUUUAGCAUGGUUGAAGGUGACUUUGAAAUCUUUCGAGGAAAAUGGUCUCUCCAACAGCUCAACACUAGUGGGGAGAUGGCAUCUGAUCCUUUGGUAGGCCAGAAAGUACAAACAACUACUACUCUUUCAUACUUGGUUGAUGUAAAGCCGAAGAUGUUGUUGCCGGUUAGGCUAGUGGAGGGUAGACUGUGCAAGGAGAUCAAAAUAAACCUAGCUUGCAUCCGGGAAGAAGCACUGAAAAUGACUCGCGAAACUCUUUUACUUGUAAGUGACACACCCACCGCAUCUGAUUUACAAUAGAAACUAUACAUAUUAAUA